AUGGCUGAUUCACUCUCAGUUAAUGUUGAUUCAUUACAUAACCUUGAGUUAGAUGCUAAAGAAGUAAGAAUUACCACCUAUGAGGCUAAACACUUUGCAUCUAGCAUCCAAAAGGCUAUUGCUGAAUUUGUAGGUACAUAUAUUCUUAUAUUUGUAGGCUGUGGAGCUGCUCUUGUCAAUGAGAGGCUACCAAUCACAAUAGUUGGCAUAGCAAUUGUUUCCGGCUUAGCUUUAACCGUCGCUAUAUAUUCGGUCGGUCAUGUCUCUGGUGGUCAUUUCAAUCCUGCUGUCACAAUCGCGUUGGCCGCUGUCCAAAAAAUUCAAUUCAAACUUGUGCCUGUUUAUGUGGUGUGUCAGAUAAUGGGUGGCACACUGGCCACUCUCACUCUGAAAGUGUUGUAUCAUAACAAGGUGGAUAUUGGUGUAACAUUGACCAAGUAUUCAAAUUCAACUUCUGAUCUUGAAGCAUUGCUGUGGGAAUCCAUAAUUACAUUCAUAUUGAUGCUUACUAUUUGUGGUGUUGCCACUGAUCACAGAGGAAGCAAAGAACUUGCUGGAGUUGCCAUAGGAGUUUCAGUUCUGAUUAACAUCAUCAUCGCCGGGCCUAUUACGGGAGCUUCGAUGAAUCCUGCAAGGAGUUUAGGCCCUGCCAUAGUAUCAGGAAAUUACAAAAACAUUUCAGUUUAUAUCAUAGGUCCAACUAUUGGAGCAAUCUUUGCAAGUGUACUUUACACUUACCUAAGAGUAACAAAACCAACUCAACCAGAACUACCAUAA